AUGUUAUCUCGUUAUUCAAGAUGGGCGCCUUCAUCAGCUCAGAACUCUUGGAUCCCCGGAAGGCCUAUCCAUUCCGCUCGUUGCGUCUUGGACGAACAGAAGGACGCUACUGGCCGCCCGGCGAGUGCCACCGAGCCAGACCAAAAGCGGCAUUCGAUUGAUCUUCAGCCGAGUCCUCGACCAAUCCCCACGUCACAAAAGCCAAACCCAUCCUUCCGACCUUCCGCUCCACCACAUCCAAGCCCGCCUAUAGCUAUGCGUCCACCAGCACAGACUGGUGCUCCCCAAUUCGGUCGGCCAGGAUAUCCUCAAGUACCGUCCAAUCAGGCGAGCCGCCACCACCCUGGCCCCAACUCGCAUCCAUCUGGUUAUCCUCCCAACUUCCAACGCCCAAACCCAGGACAGCCUUCGUUUCCCCCGCAGAAUGGCUACAUGAAUCAAUCUUUCCGAAGGCCUCCUCCAUCUUAUGCAGGACCAGGUUCCCCAGCCUCGUGGUCCCAAUGGACUCCCCCGAACUUCAACCACCAACCCCGUCCAGACAAUGCUCCUCGUCCUGGCCAACAGUUCUCGCCACCUGCAUAUCAACCUGGCCAAGGUUUCCCAGGCAGCAACGGUAACCCAGCACGGCCGUUCCCUCAGGCAUACGGGCCACCGCCAAACACACUCCAAUACUUUCCUUCCCACUUGACUCGCCCGCCAUUUCCACCAGGAUCAUCGGCGCAGCCUUACAUGGGACCCAGGAUGUCUCCACCCCCCAUCUCGCCAGGAUCAGAUGGCCCAUUUCCUCAAAACCCGAUGUCACGCCUCCAGAAACGCUCCCAGCCUGGUGCAACUUUAGAUUUCGACUUCCAAGAUCUUGCUGGGCUGGAUGCACUUGAUCGAUUUGCGCCAAAUCAAAACCCGACAUCCAAACCAAUGGCCAACAACUCUCUGCCAUUUCCCCACCAGCCGAUCGGCCACAGAAUUCCCAACUCGGUCGAUGGACAUUCCUUCGGCAGACCUGCCUAUCACGAACCAUGGAGAAAUGCUGGCCCUGGACCUUACCCCACUUCCCCACAAAGUCCUAAUUUCCGCCCAAGAAACUCUGAUUGGAACAAAAGUCGCCCAGGUGCACGCCCCAGAGGUGGGAGUAACCCGAGUUCAAGGACUGGCCCAAGACCAAACCAUGGCCUCAGAGGUAGAGGGCGCGGUAUGGUAUCGCUAGAACCAGAACCAAGCCUACCACCACCGCCAAAAACGAUCCUUGACCAACAAGGACAGUACGGCGUAAGUCCAACCCCGCUAGGCGUCCCGGAAACCAUCUCAUCCGCCCAAUCCGCCAAGGGCUCAAAAACAGAAGAUUCUCUCGAUGAUUACAAGAAGAUACGCGAUUUGAUUGCCGGCUCGAAUACUCCCAUCGAUCUUCCGGGUUUCUCGAAAGCGAUAAGUUUCGAAAGCUCUCACCUCCUUCAAUCUCCUCAACCGUCGGAGAUCAGCUGGGCCCAUGGCCAAGCUAACAAAGACCAAAUCGUCAAAAGAGCAUUCGACCUCGUCAUCAAGAACCCCUCCUUGCAAAUCGAGCAGAAGAGACAGACCGUUGCUUUGGUCGAUUUCUUACUAUUGUCCCGUGAGGAACGCUUGGCGAAAACCAAAACAAGUUGA